UUUUGAGGGACGGAAGUUCUAUUUACAUUCCAUCUUGCCGUGCUUCGACACGUACAAGACCUUGUCUGAAGUCUCCUCGUGAAAGGUGUUGCUGACAAGAGUGGUUUCAGGGGGAGCUUGUGAAGUGUAGGACGCGCACAGAGUCUGAAAGACCCUCCUGCCGCGAUCAUAACAAGUAGAGGAAGUGGUAAGCGAGAUAGUCUUGAGACAGGUGCAGCUCUCCAGCGCGCAAGACAAAAUGGGGCGUGCCUUGGGUGAUGGCCUGAAGAGUUAUUACAAGACCAAGAUAGAGGAGUUAGAAAUAUUGGCACGCGACAAGCAGCAUAAUCUCCGUAGGCUUGAAGCACAACGGAAUGAACUGAAUACCAAAGUACGCCUUUUGAGAGAGGAGCUGCAGCUCCUUCAGGAGCCUGGGUCAUAUGUCGGGGAGGUGCUCAAGGUGAUGGGGAAGAACAAGGUGCUGGUGAAGGUCCAUCCAGAGGGAAAAUACGUGGUGGAUCUGGACAAGUCCAUCGAUAUCACACAGGUGACGACUGGAGCACGAGUGGCGCUGAGGAAUGACAGCUACACGCUGCACCUGCUGCUGCCCACCAAGGUGGACCCACUGGUGAGCCUCAUGAAGGUGGAGAAGGUGCCAGACUCCACCUAUGACAUGAUUGGCGGCCUCGACCAGCAGAUCAAGGAGAUCAAGGAGGUCAUUGAGCUGCCCAUCAAGCACCCUGAGCUGUUUGAGAGCCUCGGAGUCGCACAGCCGAAGGGAGUGCUCCUGUACGGGCCGCCAGGGACCGGGAAGACGCUGCUUGCGCGUGCCGUGGCGCAUCACACGGACUGCACCUUCAUCCGCGUGUCCGGCAGCGAGCUGGUGCAGAAGUACAUCGGCGAGGGCUCGCGCAUGGUCCGCGAACUCUUCGUGAUGGCCAGGGAGCACGCGCCCAGCAUCAUUUUCAUGGACGAGGUGGACAGCAUCGGCAGCGCGCGCACCGACAACGGCGGCGGCGGCGGCGACAGCGAGGUCCAGCGCACCAUGCUCGAGCUGCUCAACCAGCUGGACGGCUUCGAGGCCACCAACAAGAUCAAGGUGCUGAUGGCGACCAACCGCAUCGACAUUCUGGACCCGGCGCUGCUGCGGCCGGGGCGCAUCGACCGCAAGAUCGAGUUCCCCAACCCCAACGAGUCAUCGCGCGCCGACAUCCUGCGCAUCCACUCGCGCAAGAUGAACCUCGUGCGAGGCAUCGACCUGCGCAAGAUCGCCGACAAAAUGACCGGCGCCUCCGGCGCAGAGCUCAAGGCGUGCUGCACGGAGGCUGGCAUGUUUGCGCUGCGCGAGCGGAGGGUGCAUGUGACACAGGAGGACUUCGAGAUGGCUGUUGCCAAGGUCAUGAAGAAGGACUCUGACGCGAACAUGUCCCUGCGCAAACUCUUCAAGUAGGCCGCAGCACAAGAGACAGACAAGACUGCAAGGAUGGACACUAGGCAGCUGCACAUGGCCUCGCCUCAAUGGCAGUUGUGAUAUUUGUGCGAGUCUCAGGAGUGUGUUUGUACACUAGACAGAGCAACAGCUGCUUGCAUGUUGUUGAGCGUCGAUAUUUUGUGCCUGGCAUGUCAUUUGCAAGUUGAUCAACUCCUCGAGUGAUCCUUGGACUUUUAAAAUCCAUGUUACCAGAUUUGGAAC